CAAACAUAAGGGUUUCAUUUGAUCACAGUUUUGGAACCAUGGACCCUGAUGUUGUCGAAAUUCCUCCUUCAAUGUUCCAACAUACUCCCAGGUUCAAAAAACACAAACAGUCCAUUGUCCAUGAUGUUAUUGACAUUGUCGACGACGAUGAGAAUGACGAUGAUGAUUUGAUGAUACUUGGUGAAAUAACUCGUAAACGUAAGGGGAAGGCACCUCAAGCUCUUCAUGAGGGUUAUGGUGAUAAUCAUCACGUUGCGGACGGAUCAUUGCAUCCUUCUGGAGUAGAAUCCGGAUACCGUUGGUCGAAGAGUUCUUAUCGUUUCAGUGCCACUUCUAAGCAUGUGCAUGGUUCCACUAGUGCUCUCAAAUCUGCAAGUGAUGAACAUGAUGGAGCAGCUGUUGUUCUCCCACAAUUGACGAUAAUUGAUAAAGCUGAAAAUGAAACUCUGAGGAAACUUCGAAGUUUUAAGCAAUUUGAUACUGUCACAGACACUUCGGAUCAUCACUUUAUUAAAAGUAAUUCCUCCACAAAGCAUAAUCCAAAGAGUUGGUCUAAAAAAAUCCAGGAAGAGUGGAAGAUUUUGGAGAAGCAUUUGCCGGAUACAAUAUUUGUGAGAGUCUACGAAUCAAGGAUGGAUCUCAUGAGGGCUGUGAUUAUUGGAGCAGAAGGGACUCCUUACCAUGACGGUCUUUUCUUUUUUGAUAUUUUCUUUCCCAGUGGCUAUCCCAAUGUACCCCCGAAUGUCCAUUACCACUCUGGAGGUCUUCGGAUCAACCCGAAUUUGUAUAACUGUGGCAAAGUAUGUCUGAGUCUACUUAACACCUGGCAUGGCAGCACGAAAGAGAAAUGGACUAAAGGUGUUUCAACAAUGCUACAAGUUCUAGUCUCCAUACAAGGGCUAAUCUUGAACACACAGCCUUACUUCAAUGAACCUGGAUGGGCAUCUAUGAAGGGUACACCAAACGGUGAAAUGCAGGCACAGCAGUAUAAUGAAAAUACGUUCAUUCUAUCGUUGAGGACAAUGAUGUAUACGAUAAAAAAGCCUCCAAAGUAUUUCGAAGACUUAGUUAUAGGGCACUUCUACAGCCGAGCACAUGAUAUUCUGGCGUCAUGUAAAGCAUACAUGAAUGGUGUUCAAGUUGGUUGUUUGAUCAAAGGUGGGGUUCAAGAUGUUAAUGGGAGUAAAGGAAAACAAUCCUCAGCUCAUUUUAUAUCUGGUUUAGCUGGAUGCAUGCCCUCUCUUGUCCAAGAGUUCGAAAAAGUUGGAUUUAACGACUGUAAGAAAUUCAUGUCUCCUCCGGUACAACGCAGUACCACUCGCAAAAAGUGAUUUUGCUUAACUACGUGAGUGAUCAUAGAACAUUUUUUUUCAAAACUCAAUGGUGACACUGAUGAUACUAGAGGCUUAUUAGGUCAACUUCAUGUUGGUUUUUGUUUUUUCUAGUGUUUUUCGGACCGGACAUUAAACCGGUGAGGGUAUUGGGUCACUGGUUUAUUGGUCGAACCACUGGGUCACUGGUCGAACCGCAUGACUAAACCGGAUAACUCGGUUGAAUAGAUCGGUCGUUAUAACAAAAUUAUAUAGGUAUAAAACAUGUGGAGCAUAAUGAUUCAGUCUCUACAAUAUAUAACUGACAUUUAAAUUU